AUGACAGUCUGCAACAAUCUCCGCAGCUUGAAGCGCGGCGCGGCAGACGCCCGCCCGCAGGACGAACCCAGCGAUUACGACGGCCAGAGCCAUACCGAUGCUCUCGGUAUCUUUACCUCUGACUACGUCGCUCCUUCUAAAUACGCCGAGUAUAGCGAGAUCGACGUCGAAACUCGCCUCGUGACCGACGCCCUCGCCAUGGCGAUGGGCAUCGUAGCGCUUGUAUUGGUCGCUGUUGUCACCGUCGCGGCCGCUGGCGCUAUCGGCAUCAUCGCCGUGGCUCUCAUCGCUUGCCUCCGCAUCUGUGGCAGGCGCGAGAGGGCCAGGCUUGAGGCUGAAUUUGGCAGGGGGGUGGGAUCUGGUUUGCCGGUAGGGGAAGCGGAGGAGAAAGAUCAUGAGGAUAAGGCGGAAAGCUGGGAAGGAGUGGAGCUGUAG